UCAUUCGAGUAGAGACCAUUGUUGCGUUUGGUCCACGUUUGUUCGCGAUUCGAAAAGAAAAUAACAACAACAACACAAAUACAAAAAAAAAUACCAAAACAAAUAAGAGAGAGAAAACGCUGUGUGUUUAGGUAUCUACCUAAGCAAAUCGUCGUUCGAAAAUAUUUUUAAUUUUUUUCUUCUUAUUCAUCAUUUUUCUGCCGCUUUCUUUCGUCGACUUUUUUGUGUUGUUUUUUGGGUAAUCUUGUCUUGUUGAAUUCUUGUGUGAUUUGUAUGCUUUUCUGUUUACCUUGAAAAAAUAAAGAAGAAAAAAAAAUUUGCUUGUGUUGAAAAAUUACACAAAAGAAGUUAAAAACGGGAACGCAAGUGUCAAAAAGUCUCUUUUUUGGGGGAAAAAACAUCGUUUCCGGUUCCGACGACGACGGGUUUUUUCGUCCUCCUCAUUUUCUAUCAUAAAAAUGUCUUAAAUAUAGAAAAUGUAAAUAAUUAAGUGCAAUAAAAAUGUAAACACACAAAUGUAUGUGUUUUUUUUAAGUCUGUCUGAAAUAUGUGUGUAUUUAUGUGCAAUAUAGUGAAAAGAUGUCAGCUACCAAGAACCAACUAAUCUCGGAUAAACGCAAACCACUUUUUGGAUUACCACACUUUUUGUUAGAUAAUUUUCUCCAAAUUGGAAGUCCACCACCUUUAACUGUAAUUUAUGAAAAGAUUAGUAAAAUUGUUUGUAAUAAUUAAGAAAAGUUGAAAAAGAAGAAGAAUAACCUCCUACGCCAUCAAAACACGAUCUACAAGUUUUUGUCCCCAUUUUCUUUUUUUUUAUUUUUUAUUCAUUUUGGCAACCAUACCACACUUACCACACCAAGAAGAAGUGAAAAAAAAAUCACUGUCAACGGAGACAGGUUUUUUUAACCAUAUUCACCAUACCUGCUUGUCUAGUUUUUUGUGUGGAUUAAUCAUUUUCUGCAACAAAUUGUAAAACAACAACAACAACUGAUCGUGUCGUGUGUCAUUUUUUAUAUUCACCACACUUGUGUAUGAGUGUGUAUUGUUUAGUGUGUUUGGUAAUACAAUUUUACCGUUCUUUUUCGUGGUGAUUAUUCAAAAUGUAUGAGUAAAAUUUUAACACUCAUACCAACAAGAAGAAAAACAGAAAUUUAUUUCCAAUAAAUUCCUCAGAAAAAUCAAAUUAAAAUUAUUGCUGUCGAUUUUUUUGUACGCGUACAUUUUUGUCAUUUAUCAUCUCUUUCCCCUGUUUAACUUUUACUGAUUUAUCUCCCCCGAAAAAUACAAAAACCUGACGAAUUCAUCCUAUUUUUUUUUUAUUGAAUAAUGGAUAAGAUGUCAACAAUAAAUUUUUGGAUACAACGCACACAUCGAAAAUCGAUAUUGUCGCUGCUUUAUGGAUAUGUAUUAUUUAUAUGCGCACAGACUGCACGAGCUGCUGAUUUAGUGAUUGAGAUUCCAGGCAAUUUGGGACAGGAAGACUCAUUCUACCGUUUGGAUUAUAGUCCUCCCUUUGGCUAUCCCGAAGCAAAUACGACAAUCGCAUCAAGGGAUGUCGGCGAUGAGAUACAAUUCUCUCAUGGGCUUCCCGGUACAACAUAUAACUUUUGGUUAUACUAUACAAAUUCAACGCAUCACGAUUGGUUAACGUGGACAGUGACCAUCACAACGGCUCCUGAUCCACCCUCGAACCUUUCGGUAGCAGUACGAAGUGGAAAGACUGCAACAAUCACAUGGAGUCCACCGCUCCAGGGAAACUAUUCGUCCUUUAAAAUUAAGGUCUUAGGACUUUCGGAUGCGUACGAUACAAAUCGUACAAUUUUAGUUGAUGACAAUGCAUUCCAAUAUCAUAUAAGAGACUUAACGCCAGGAGCAACAUAUCAAGUGCAAGCUUAUACGAUAUAUGACAAUAAGGAAUCUGUGGCAUAUACAAGUCGUAAUUUUACAACAAGUAGAAGGACACGUCACAAGGAGUUAUUGGAUAUUAAAAUUCUUAGAGAACCAAACACACCUGGUAAAUUCAUUGUGUGGUUUCGUAAUGAAACUACUCUUCUGGUACUAUGGCAGCCGCCAUAUCCUGCUGGAAUCUAUACCCAUUAUAAAGUUUCAAUUGAACCACCCGAUGCAUUGGAAAGUGUUCUCUAUGUGGAGAAGGAAGGUGAACCACCUGGACCAGCUCAAGCUGCUUUCAAAGGCUUGGUACCAGGCCGUGCUUACAACAUAUCAGUUCAAACAAUGUCCGAAGAUGAAAUCUCCUUACCAACAACAGCUCAGUAUCGGACUGUUCCUUUGCGACCGUUAAAUGUAACAUUCGAUAAAGAUUCCAUAACAUCGAAUGCAUUUAAGGUUCUUUGGGAGUCUCCGAAAGGUGUUAGUGAGUUUGACAAAUAUCAAGUAUCAUUGUCCACGUCGAGACGACAAUCGACUGUGACGAGAAGUAAUGAUCCAGUUGCAUCGUUAGAAUUCAGAGAUAAUUUAGAACCUGGUAAAACGUACAACGUGAUAGUUAAGACGGUUUCGGGUAAAGUAACAUCAUGGCCAGCAACUGGAGAUGUUACUUUGAAGCCACUUCCAGUGAGAAAUUUAGAGUCUUAUAAUGACGAAAAGACAAAUGACAUGAUAAUCACUUGGGAACCCGAUCCGGGAAGUACCCAAGAAGAGUACAGAAUAAGUUAUCAUGAAGUGGAGACUUUUAAUGGCGACGCCAGUACAAUGUUCACAGAGAAGACUCGAUAUAAUUUGGAGAGUUUAUUGCCAGGAAGAAAUUAUUCCCUCACUGUUCAAGCUGUGUCAAAGAAAAUGGAAUCAAAUGAGACUACAAUUUAUGUUGUGACAAGACCCUCCUCACCAAUCAUUGAAGACCUGAAGAGUAUCAAAGAAGGUUUAAAUAUCAGUUGGAAGAGUGAUGUCAAUUCUCGGCAAGAAAAAUACGAAGUUCUCUACUCGAGAAAUGGUACUUCAGAAGUUCGUACAGUCUUGACAACGGAAUCUAGAUUGGUCAUAAAGAAUCUUCAUCCUGGAGCUGGUUAUGAAGUUAAAGUUUUUGCUGUCAGUCAUGGUUUGAGAAGCGAACCGCAUGCUUACUUCCAAGCUGUUUUUCCCAAUCCCCCAAGAAACCUUACAAUUGACAAGGUUACCAGCAACUCGGUGCUCAUCCGUUGGACACCACCAGAACGGAGUGAAUUUACAGAGUAUUCAGUUCGUUACAAGACUGACAACGACAAACAAUGGUCUCGAUUACCCAGCGUUAAAGGUACCGAAGCAGAUGUUACUGAGAUGACACCGGGAGAACGAUACACAAUACAAGUCAAUACCGUAAGCUACGGUGUGGAGAGUUCCACGCCUCUUCAAAUCAAUCAGACGGUCCGGCCAAACCCUGUCUCAGAUAUCAUCCCUCUGGUUGAUUCGACAAACAUUACUUUGGAAUGGCCACGCCCUGAGGGAAGAGUUGAGGAAUACGUUCUCAAGUGGUGGCCUUCAGAGAGUCCAAGUAAAAUCUACACAAAGAAUGUUUCCGAAGACAGUCGAGAUGAUCCUGAAACGGUUCGAGUUCUAAUUGGAGACCUUAUGCCUGGCGCCCAAUAUAAGUUCGACAUAUACACCAUCUCAUACGGUCUAACCAGUGAUACAAAUCAUCUAUCAACACGAACAAUGCCUCUCAUACAGUCUGAAGUCGUUGUUGUGAAUAAUAACAUUUUACAAGAACGUGACACAAUCACCUUAGCCUACACCCCAACUCCCCAAUCUUCUUCCAAAUUUGACAUUUACCGAUUUUCAUUGGGUGACAUUUCUAUUCAAGACAAAGAAAAACUCUCCAACGAUACCGAUCGAAAAGUAACCUUCACUGGUCUGAUUCCUGGACGACUCUACAACAUCACUGUCUGGACUGUAAGUGGUGGAGUUGCAAGCUUACCAAUUCAGCGCCAAGAUCGUCUCUAUCCCGAACCCAUCACCCAAAUCAAUGCCACUCACAUCACCGAUACAGAAAUUUCAUUGAAAUGGGAUCACCCAAAGGGCGAAUAUAACGCCUUCGAAGUUCAAUACCUGAACGCUGAUUCUAACUAUGUGUCAAACCUUACAACUCAAGAUACAAUCACUAUUGUUGAUUUAAGACCACAUCGGAACUACACAUUUACUGUGGUAGUUCGAAGUGGAACAGAAUCUUCGGUACUUCGAAGUAGUUCACCUGUUUCGGCGAGCUUUACAACAAACGAAGCAGUUCCUGGACGUGUUGAGAAGUUUGAACCAAUCGAUGUCCAACCAAGUGAAGUUGUAUUCGAUUGGUCACUUCCGACUAGUGAAGCUAAUGGUGUCAUUACACAAUUCUCGGUGAUGUAUGGACUCGAAGGUUCGACUCAAACUCAAACCAAAGAUUUCGAAGCCGAUGAGACAAGAGGAACAAUCAAGAAUCUUCUUCCUGGAAAGACGUACGUUUUCAAAAUUCAAGCUAAGACCUCAAUCGGUUUCGGUCCCGAAAAAGAAUGGAAACAACGAAUGCCGAUACUAGCUCCACCUAGACCAGCUACACAAGUUGUUCCAACGGAAGUUUAUCGAAGCUCAUCAACGAUACAAAUUCGUUUUAGGAAAAAUUAUUUCUCCGACCAAAAUGGAGCCGUUAUCAUGUACACAAUCAUUGUUGCGGAAGAUGAUACAAAGAAUGCUUCUGGACUUGAAAUGCCCAGUUGGCGAGAUGUGCAAUCUUACAGUGUUUGGCUUCCGUAUCAAGCCAUCGAACCCUAUUAUCCGUUUAAGAAUAGCUCAAUUGAAGACUUUACAAUAGGAGCUGAGAACUGUGACAAUCGCCAAACUGGUUACUGCAAUGGUCCUUUGAAAUCCGGAACGACUUAUCGAGUUAAAGUUCGAGCUUUUACGGCACCUGAUAAAUUCACGGACACAGCUUAUAGUUUUCCAAUUCAAACCGGCCUAUUGACAUCGGAUCAAGACAACACAUCACUUAUCGUCGCCAUCACCGUGCCAAUGACAAUCAUUCUUAUCCUCUUGGUAACCCUAGUAUUUUUCAAAAAACGACGUAGCAGUGGUCGCAAAACAACGAAAGAAUCACGUGCCCAUGACAAUAUGUCACUGCAAGACAGUGUUAUCGAAACUAAUCGACCGAUUUUGAUUAAAAACUUUGCCGAACAUUAUCGAUUGAUGUCUGCCGAUUCGGAUUUCAGAUUCAGUGAAGAAUUUGAAGAAUUAAAACAUGUUGGCAGAGAUCAACCAUGUACUUUUGCCGAUUUGCCAUGUAAUCGGCCUAAAAAUCGCUUCACCAACAUUUUGCCUUAUGAUCAUUCACGAUUUAAGCUUCAACCUGUUGAUGAUGAUGAGGGAUCAGAUUAUAUCAAUGCCAAUUAUGUGCCAGGUCAUAAUUCACCAAGAGAAUUCAUAGUUACACAGGGUCCGUUGCAUUCUACACGGGACGAUUUCUGGCGCAUGUGCUGGGAGAGCAAUUCGAGAGCGAUAGUCAUGCUAACGAGAUGUUUUGAAAAGGGUCGUGAGAAAUGUGAUCAAUAUUGGCCACACGAUACGGUUCCAGUGUUUUAUGGAGACAUUAAGGUUCAAAUUUUGAAUGAUAGCCAUUACGCUGAUUGGGUGAUGACUGAGUUUAUGCUUUGUCGGGGCGCUGAACAACGAAUUCUACGUCACUUCCACUUUACUACGUGGCCCGAUUUUGGAGUUCCCAAUCCGCCACAAACUUUGGUUCGAUUUGUACGAGCGUUUCGUGAUCGUAUUGGCAGUGAACAACGACCGAUUGUUGUUCAUUGUAGUGCUGGUGUUGGUCGAUCGGGAACUUUCAUUACUUUAGAUAGGAUUCUUCAACAGAUCAAUACGUCGGAUCAUGUAGAUAUCUUUGGAAUAGUUUUUGCCAUGAGAAAAGAACGUGUUUGGAUGGUACAAACGGAGCAACAAUACAUUUGUAUUCAUCAAUGUCUAUUGGCUGUGUUGGAGGGUAAGGAGAAUAUCAUUGGACCAGCACGUGAAAUUCACGAUAAUGAAGGUUAUGAGGAACAACAAAACAUGGAUGAUGAAGAUGAAGGCACCGGUGAUGAAAUUAUUGUCACAGCCGAAGGCCAUAUUGACCAUGAACGCGAUGAAGAUGACAUUGACAAUGCAAACGAUGCAAUUAUCUAUCAUGACGAACAUCAGCCACUCACUGCCAGCGAUCAAGAGAUCAGUCAUACAGCUCCAUCCCCACCAAGCCAGUGGAAGGCGGCAACCCUGGAUAGAUGACAUAAGCUCAACCAGAACGACAACAACAAUAGUGUCGUUAUCGUUCUGGUUGAUGAUAAGCCUAGUUCGAUGAUUUGCAGCAAAGAAAAGCUGCACCAUCAACAGCCGGAGCGUCGAAAGUCUCAAAUGAUCACGUUCAGCUCGUCGGCAUGUGAUAUCAAGAAUAGUCUAAGUCACGAAAUAGUCCUAAUGAAUAGUACCUUUGGCAAAGGUACUAACAUCACAACAAAUGGUACUCGCAAAAGUUACACCGAAGAAGAAGUAGAGAAUAAUAGUACGAAUGAAGAUGAUAUUCUUCGACGAAGAUCAUCAUCGCACAACGAAGAAGAUGAGGAUUUCUUCGAAACGAAUUUGGAAGAAGUUAAUAAUGCCAACGAUGAUAGCGGUGGUGGUAGCUAUGAAGAUUCAAAUUUAAUACAAUCGAGUUCGGGUGGAUCGAAUAGGAAUAGUUUGGAAAAGGACGAUGAUGAUGAUGAUGAGGAGGACAUUGAUGUUAUUAGCACGGAUGUUAGUUGCUAUGAUCAAUUGCUGGGGACAAGAAAUGACGAUGAUUGUACAAUUAUUGGGGAUGAAGGUGUCAUUAGGAUAAAAAAUGGCAGUAGCUCUGGUGAAGGGAUCAUAUACGCUAAUCCUUUUUUGGAUGAUGAAGGUAUUGCGGAAUCGGGGAUGUAAUUUAAAAAAACUAAACUAAAAAAAACACAAUUUUUACAAUAAAAAUAGCUGAAAAACAAAUUACAAACAAAAAAAAGCAAAAAUAAAUUCCUUGAAACAUUUAACAAAAAAAAAUCUGUAUGUAAUAAAUUUACAUAAUAGUUUACGUACAAAAAAAAAACAAUUAAAACAAAAGCAGUUUAUAUACAUAAAUAUAUAUAAUAAUAUCUUUAUACAAAAAAAUCUACUUAACAAAAAUUAUAGUUAAUAUAAUUUAUUCAAAUUAUACACACAUCCUUAAUCUUCAGAUUACAAAACAGACGCGCAAUAGACAGAAUGUAUCCGUGAUUUGACAAUAUAUCUCUCUUGACCAAAAAACAUUCCACUGAUUUUUAAAUACGAAAAAUAUUAACAAACAAACAAAAAAAUUAAGAAAAAAAAACAACAAAAAAAACACACAAUCGAAAUUUUCUAAUAUAAACCGAAAUCAAAAGAAAAAAAAUUGUUUAAAUUAUUUUAUUAUAAUUAAAUAUUGAUAUAUAUUUUAUACACACACUUUUUAAAUUUUUGUCGAUAUUAAUUUUCUAUAUAAAUAUUGUAUCUCUGUUUGUUUUAAUUUAAAUGUUUUAUUUUUUUUUUUUACAAUUUUUUUUGUAGCCAUGAAUACCUAUAAUAUAGAUAAAUUUUAAGUAAAAAAAAAUUAUGACUGUAUGUUAAAUAAAUAUAUAUAUAUUAAAUGAAACAAAACACGAAAGAAAAAAUGAUAAUUGUAUAUGUAAUAAUUUAUAAAAUAAAAUAUUAAUUACCUGUGUAUUUUACUAAUUUUAAUUAUAAACUAUCUGUAUAAAUAGCAAAAGAAACAAAAUAAAAUUUUAAAAUAAUAAAUUUACAUAAAUACGAAAUAAUUUUAAUUAAAAAAAAAAAAACAUACAAUUACUCGUAAAUGUGUAAAAAAAUAAAUAAAAAUCUGUAAAUUUUAGAAACCUUAUAAGCGAAAAUAAUUAUUUUAUAAAAAGAUAUUUAAAAAAAAAAUGCCAAGAACAAAAUAAAAUAAUUAAAUUUAAUUGCUCAUUAUUGUGAAAACUGCAAGGAAGAUUGUUGGUUCAAAAUUAUAUCUGGGAAAUAAAUAUGUUGCAUUUUCUGUAUUGAAGAAAUAUGUUUUCAUCAGAAUUUAAACUCAAUCACUAGGUUAUGCAAACAAUCGACAGGAAUGAUGCAUUAUGUUUGGAUACCACAAGAAGGCAAACAUGUUUUUGAAAUGUAAAUAUCCUAAGAUGGGUGUAACCAAUAGGUAUUCUAAAAUACAAAAGUCUUAAACCUUAAGGUUUGUUCAGAACAAAAAAAAAUCACUACCUUUUGUUUAAAAAAUGUGUCGAUUAGAUAAAGAAACUGUAGGAAUACAUAUAUGUAAGGGGAGCAUUUCAGAAAUGUUUUAUAAGGGUCCAGCAAAAAAAAUUUCGCAGAACAUUUCAGAAAAUCGUAUCUGUUUCAUAAAUAUUUCUUAAGGAUCAACUAUAGUAGACUUUACCGAGCUUAAACGAAUGUUUAAGACUUAACUCUGAAGAAGAAAAGUAAUCAAAAUGGCUACUUUAAAUUCGGGCUGAUUUUAACGGUUUAAAAGUUUGUACCUAAUAAAAUAUAAAGGAAAACAAAAAUACACUAUUUGUGUCCUGUGUUCUGGAUUUAAGAGGUCAUUAUUUGAUUCCUAAAUAAAGAGGUUUUUGUUCAUAUCAUAUUCAUGGGAAGUUGGUUCUUCUUAAGCAGGCGUCACCAAUGGCAAUUCUAGGAGCGUUAGGAAAUUAUAUAACACCUGCAUUAGGGCGUCCUUUAUUUUGAACACGGCCAAAUUUUAAAAUGCAUACGGACUCAAAAGUCUAUAAAUAAAUUUUUAAAAAACAUUCCCAAAGUUCAUCAUGUAUAUUUACCCGUGCAGAAUCAAUUUUCAAUAUUUCCCUACAAAACAUCGAUAAACUGCUGGUAGUUUUGAAGGUUUUACUUAAAAAAUCGAAAAAAUUAUUUUUAGAAAAAUGUUUAGCCAUAAAAAAAUAACCGUCAAUAUCAUGAAAACAACGAAACUAUCAGUUAUUUUUAACUGGGUAAACAUUGUUUACAAAAAUUUAAUAUAAUUUUUUCGUGUACUUUUUUUAGUGCUUAAGAUAACUAUGUUUGUAUUUACAAAAAAUUGGCCCUUAUUGCGGAUUGCGAUAAAAAUUGAUCGAAUCGAUAACAUCUGUCCCUGCACGUAACUUGAUAAAAUCGAGUGUGUUCGAUACAAUCGAGUAUCGUCAGCUCUAAUUUGGUUCAAUCGAGGGAAUUCAAUGGAAAAUGCUCGAUUCAUACAAAAUAGAUGCUGCCACUGCUCGAUUGUAUCCAGUUAACUCGAUUGUUCAAAGUUAUGUGCUGGCACCCCUGUUUUGGUAUUGUGUAUUUUUUUCGACAAAGAAAUUUGCUAUUGUGAACUAUAAAUUUGAUUUGAGUCGAUAGCAAAAUUGUAAACGAAAAAAAUUGAAAAGUGAAACAAAAAAAAAAAACAAAUUCCGAUGGUAACAAAAUUUCCUCGAAGAUUCA